CUACUAUAUAACAAAUAAUUUGAGCUGAUGACAGUAGCUGAUCCAGAGCCUGUCGGCCCAGACUUUAAAGAAACGGUACAACUGCAGUUAGACUCGUUCAAGGAAAACACUGACGAUGAGGUACUCCGAUUUCCCAGCUGUUUUGAAGCUCACGAACAGAGUUACAUUAUUGAGGAGGCAAAGAAAAUGGGACUGAACGGAAAAAGUAUUGGGAAGAGCUGCAACAAACACGUGUCAAUUACCCGACCUGUAUCUUACACUGAGUGCGACUCACAUAACAUGAAGUUACGAGAUUCAAGUGUCAGCCAGAUCCACAUGUUAUUACGAGACCUUCCUGUCAAACCUACUGAGCUUACUGAUUUACAGGCACAGGUAGAAUAUCCAGCGGGGACACAGCAACUUACAAACGCCUCCAACGAGCAAAAAUUUAAAGAUAUGAACAGGAGGCAAAUGGGGAAACUGUUCAACGCAAAUACCAUGACUAUUCCUAGCAGACCACAAACAACCGAUGUCAACUACUUAGAAGCUCGACAGAGAUUAAUGAUAUGUCAGAAGAGAGAUGUUAUCCUGCAGACGGUGAUGGAGAACCAAGUGGUGAUAAUAUCGGGGGAUACAGGAUGUGGUAAAACCACCCAGGUACCACAAUACAUCCUAGAAGAAGCUACAGCAAACCAGUCUCACUGCUUCAUGUAUGUGACUCAGCCACGUCGUAUUGCUGCUAUAGCUGCUGCUGAACGGGUCUCACAGGAGAGAGGUGAGAGAGUGGGUACGAGUGUUGGCUACCAGAUCCGACUAGAGUACCGUAGUACCCAGAAGACGGUGUUAACCUACUGUACCAAUAGUGUCCUGCUACGAGCUCUGAUGUUGGCAGGCCCUCACGAUUGUCUUGAGCAGGUGACCCACAUAAUAGUAGACGAGGUGCACGAAAGAGAGAUGUACUCCGACUUCCUCCUCAACAUUAUGAGGGACAUCCUCCCCGUCAGACCCUACCUCCGACUCGUCCUCAUGACCGCAGAUCCGGACCCUAAAGAGCUUCAGAACUAUUUCAACAACGCGCCGAUAGUGAGUGUUAACAGCAGCUCAGUGGAAGUGCAUGCUAUGUUCCUGGAGUCCGUUCUCUCGAGCACUCGGUACCACGAGAAGUUCAAAUACCAGGAGAACCUGAAGGCGCUGCCCAUGUCCACGGAAGAAUGCGCGUACAGGACAAGUCUAGAUGCUGUCACCAGUAUUAUCACGUGCAGGAUGAAGCAACGUGGACCCACCGUGGAGCAAGGUUUGACAGCGCGGAUGUCGCAGUUAGGAAUGAACAAUGACGGGUACCAAGGGGGGCACAACAACAACUUCCAACCCAAAUUACCCAUGUACCAGGGUAACUACGACGGUAACUAUGAAGUAGCACAGAAUAAUAACAUGUACGGGGUUGAGCUUGGAGAGAUUCUGGGUAUUGGUGAACAGACGGACGUACAGGACAGCUGCUCGGAGGUGUGGCUCCACGAGAACAUGGACGUUGCCAUGGAGACGUGUCUGGAGCAGUUUAACGAGACCACAUUUACCCAGAUGCAGGGUUAUAUCCUGAGCGAGAGUGUAGGAGUGGAUUACCAGCACACUGCCUCCUUCAUGACCGCUCUUAUGAUCUCAGCAAGUAAGGGAUCAGUUGAGAUGGUAGAAAAACUUCUGAACCUGGGAGCCGACCCUAACGUCAGUGAUCUGAGAGGACACAACACCUACAAACAUGCCGAUGCUCAUCCUGCGGUGAUAACACUGUUGAAAGAGUUUAAUUACGAGUUCGUAACGAAGAAAUUUGACAACAGCGAAGAGACCAACAUAAUUACAAAUAAAGAGGAGAAAGGCAUUUUGGAAACUUACUACAAGGUUGUGGACAGCAGCAAGGCUGAUCUAGAUAUUAUCUUCUACCUGAUAUCCCUGAUCCUAGACUGCCAGCAACCUGACGGCUCUGUGUUGGUCUUCCUUCCUUCUUACGAUGACAUUACUCGACUCAGGUCUAUGUUGAUGCAAGAUCAGAAUAUGCUGCACAAGAUUCACAUCUUUAUGCUACACUCAUCCAUGCAACCUUUCGAACAGAGAAAAGUCUUCAGAAAGUCCCCGUACGGUAUUAGAAAGGUAAUAUUGUCGACUGGUAUAGCGGAAACAGCGCUUACAAUCGACGAUGUUAUGUUCGUUAUUGACUCCGGCAGGAUUGAGGAACGUGUCUAUGAUGCUAAAGCAGGACUGAACAAGUACACAACCCGGUGGAUCUCUAAGAAGAGUGCUAACUACAGACGUAGUCGUGCUGGUCGCACCAACCCGGGCGUCUGUUACCACCUCUUUAGCAAGGAUAGGUACAAGACCCUCCACGAGGUGUCACCACCGGAACUGUUCCGAGUAUCCCUCUCCGAGAUAGCCCUCAACACCAAAGUGCUAGCCCCUCACAACAUGCCAAUAGCUGAGUUUCUCAGUAAAAGUAUUGAACCUCCUGAUAUACCUGCCCUGAAGAAGGCAAUAGGAGAACUAACAAAACAAGAAGCCCUGACCCCCUGGGAGGAGCUGACUACAGUCGGUAAGCACCUGGCUGAGCUGCCUAUAGAUCCUCACCUUGGUAAAGUGGUGCUCUACUCUGUCAUCCUCAAGUGUCUUGACCCGGUACUGACGAUAGUGUGCUCUCUAGCCUACACGGACCCCUUCACCCACCCCUCCGAACAACAUGUCAAGGUAGCUGCUCUUCAGUCCAGGAGGAGGUUCUCUAUCUCCUCUCAGUCUGAUCAUCUCAGCUCUCUCAAAGCUUUCCUUGGAUGGCAGAAAGCUCGGGCUAACGGGUGGGAACACCAGUUCUGUGAGAAAAACUUCCUGUCUCUCGCUAAACUGGAGAUGAUUGAAGGACUGAGAGCUCAGAUCAUAGCUCAGCUCAGAUCCAUGGGCUUCAUAAGACAAAAGGGAGGGGUUGAUAUCAGGAACCUCAAUGAUAACAGCGAUAAAUGGUACAUAGUGAAGGCAUGUUUAGUAGGGGGCCUAUAUCCACGUUUAGCACGUGUAGACCGGGAAGAUAACACACUUUACACUAAUGACCAGGACAAGUUAGAGCUGCACAACGAUAGUGUCCUCAAUCUUAUCACUACUAAGAACCUUGGAAAGAGUGAAUCACAAAGUGAGAGUAUUGGUAAGCUAGCAAGUGACUGGCUGGUUUAUGACGAGAUUAAGACCGACUCAAACGACAAGAUGUCGCUGCGAUGUUGUACGGUGGUUUCAGCUCUCACCGUAGCUCUGUUCGCUGGUAGUUCAGGUUCCCUCGAGGAGUCUGAGGAGACGUAUCAGGAGGAUGAGACAGUUAGCAAAACACUCCAACUUGACGAUUGGAUAGCAAUUGACACACCGGACAUUGACGGAGCUCUAUCAAUAAAGCAGCUUCGUCUCAAGUUCCAUGCCCUCUUCCAGCGACGACUCAAAACACCCUUCUCUCAACUUACCCAGGUGGACACAUCCAUACUGCGGUGUAUAGUUUCAAUACUUAAACAAGAAGAGGAACCCAUGAGUCUGACACAACCUGCCGGCAUCGCCCAGAGACCAUUCAGACCCUACGACCACGCCUACCACACCCGGUACCACAUGCCUCAUGUGAUCUCUCCAGCUCUUCCCUUCGACGACAUCAUAGAGGCUCACUCCCAGCAGCAGUGGCACAUGAAGAGAGGAGGGUACGAUAAUAACAACAACAACAACAACAAUAACAACAACAAUAACAAUAACUACAACAGCUAUAAUCGUGAUAGCGGGCAUAGUCAGCGUCCUGUUUUCUCUGGAGGAAGCGGUGGGACUGGAACGGGGGGUGUUGGUGGAGGAGGUGGUGGAGUGUACUCCGGUGGUAUGUCCGGUGGUAUGUCCGGAGGAAUGUCCGGAGGAAUGUCCGGAGGUAUGGACUCUCUCCCUGGUAACACUGGGUACUCUAACCCUGGAUACCCCGCUGCUAAUAAUAAUAUUGAGGAACAGUACUAUUCUCACCAGACAGUACGUGGGAACACAGAUCAAUACAGUGGACAACUUCAGUACGGCAACAAGAUGCAGACUGCUCCCUCUAGCGCUAAGUAUUUCAUCAUGAAGUGUGGAAAUCAACAAAACAUAGAAGGCUCAGUUCAGAGCGGAUACUGGCAGACUUCGGUUAAUACAGAGAAGAAGCUGAGCCAAGCGUAUGCCAUCUGUAAAAACGUCUUCCUGAUUUUCAGCGUUCAGACAAGCGGACAUUUCCAGGGAUACGCCCGGAUGAUAGCCCCGUUCACCAGUGGUAGUAACGGCGGUAUGGUAAGGAUAGAGUGGUUAAAGAGGGCUAAUCUACCCUUCCAGCGCUGCCAUCAUCUCUACAACCCGUGGAAUGAAAACAGGAAAGUGCAGGUAGCUAGAGAUGGUCAAGAAUUGGAGCCUACCGUGGGAGAGGGACUGUUGAGACUGUGGGACGAUCUUCCCUCCUACACACCCCGAGGGAACUACUAUAACCGACCCAUGUGAGCACGGAGCAACUACUCCUCUCAAUCUAUUAACCUAAGUAAAAAAAGGACUGUUCAACAGAAUACUGCUAAUUUGGAACUUUUAGAGUCGUGAUUUGUUUCAAGUUAGAUUUUCACUAAUUAAAAUUUCAGUUAUUCACUUAUUUCUCAUUCCAUUAUUCGUUAAGGUCUUCUGAUCUGGUUUCCUGGUUCCCGACUCUAUAUCUAUAAUAUUCGUAUGAUAUUUCUUAAUAGAUAUUGCAUCCACGCCUUAUUAUUAUCAUUGUUUAUAUAUGUUUAAUAAUGCUUUCAAAAUUUUAUUCUCUUAAAUUAUUAUUUCAAUAUAUUUGACUUUUAAUAAUUUUAAUGUACUAAGUUUGGUGCGAAGCUAUAUUUUAUACUCAUCCUAAUUCUUGGUUCACAACUGCUAGUUUAAGUUAUUUAGAUAAAUCAGUGGUAACAGAGUUCAGUGAAUAUGCCUAAUAUCGCUGUAAGGAUGAGAAUGCUUUUUCGCCAUUUUAAGAGCACUCUUGCUGCUUGCAGAGUUUUUAUGCUAUUUAUGUUCUAUCAUAUUUGAAUAGAUUAAUUUUCAAUGAACCAGAAAAGCCUAUAUUAUUGUUAGUAUUUGUUUUACAAUGUUUUUACACCUUUUUAGCUCAUUUCUAUGGAUUUUUACAGCUCAGAGCAUGAUUUAUUAGGAAGACCUUGAUAUACUUUCAAGUUCAAAAUCUUGUUCCUCACUGUUAUAUGAUAUAUUAUCGGUUGACAAAUGGAAGGGGGUUCAAGUUCAACACACAGGUCUGAGUGAUAACCUGGAAAAAAUAGAUCUGGACAGGACAAAUAACAUAGGUUGGUUCCACUAUAAGGACGCUCAUUGGCAUCCGAAUCUUGCUUAUCCGAACUUACCUUCAAAAUGCUCAAAUGUAAGCUAUUGGUCUUACUCAUCAACGAAAUUACGAGUCAAGAUCCGCACGUCGGGCAACUACUGACUUUAAAAAUCGAUUUUAACAAAAGUUUGGACUGAACCCCUUCCCCUUGAAGGAUUUAUUGUUCUAGUAAAGGGUAGACUUCUUGUAUCGCUAGAUUACAACAAGUUUCUGAAGAAUAUGCUGUAACGUUUUCUCUCCACGGGUCAGUUUUGAGCUCUUAAUUUAAUUUCGCUUACGAUUUUUGUAUUAGUAUAAAAUCAUGGAGAAUGAUUACAUAUACAUUUCAUAUCGUUUAUUGACACGUAGAAUUAGUGUACGGAUAAAAGUGGGGUUUCGGGCAGGGGUUUAAGUUAAUUGUGUGCUGAUUUGUCUUUUAAAGAAGCAUUUUUGUUACAUGUGCUGUUUCGAAUGGCCUUAAACUUUU